UAUAACAUAAUUGGCAAGCCUUGCUUAACGAUCUGACCCUGGCCUCUAUCGUGACCGCAUGCAUGUCGUGGUUGUCUUGUCGUGUUGGCAAAGCUUCCUAGCACAUGCGCUGUUCGCUACUAGCUUGCUAAUGAUGCCCUAGGAUAUACUCAAAGGCUGAGCUGUGCCGGUCGGAUAAGUGCGGGAAGCAUGUAUUACCAGUCGCACCUUGGUGACCAUCGACGAGUUGAAUCGCUCAGCGGUGACGCCCUUCGUCGUCAUAUUCUUAUCAAAGCUGCAAAACGAGCUGUCCAGCAAGCCGCACGCCGUUACUCCCUGACUACUAUCCAUCCUCCAAUUCGUCGGCGUAUGCUUGUUAUCGACCUGGAGCUGCUGUGCAGUGGCGUAUGUUCGAAGGACUGCCCUGGCGAGCACUGCAUUGUUGAAAGAGACGGUGUAAGGAAUUUUCUGGAAGCAGUGCGACCGCAUUUCCGUCUAGCGGCAUGGAGCAAGGCCAGCAACGCAUGGACCAGCGCAGCGCUGCAAGAACUCGAUCCGCAAGCCGAUUUUUUCCCACGCCGGCCCUCUGCUGGCACCGGCGUGGGCAUUGCCGGCAAACCAAUAGCUCCAAACGCAGCAGCAGGGCCAGCAGCAGCAGCCGCAGCAAUGGCGGUGGCAGUACCGGUAGAGGGCGAAACGUUGCAGGACCAGCAAACUAUGUCGUCAGUGGGAACGCCACAGCUGGCUUCGCCGUCGACAGCAUUGCCUGUUGAGGCUAUAAGUGCCCCGGUAACGGCGACUGACAUUGACGAGCUGUCGUCACCAACUGCCGCAACCAACAACCAGGCGACGAUAAUCGACGACGGCGAGCCCACUUACCCGGAAGACGUAAUCAUCUUGGCUGUUGAUCGUAAUUGCUUUGUGCAUAUGGCCGAGAACGUGAUUGAAGUCGAGCCGUUGGUUGCUACCAACAGUCACAACGGUUGUGCAGUACAGUCCAACGAUGAAGACAGCCAUUACACGCACGGGUAUCAGUACGACAGCAGCAAUGACGUACUCACUCGCCUGGCUACCGUACUUCUGCGGUACCUGGCCAUUCCGCAUUUCACAUCCGCAACAGCAACCACCGUGGCGGCAACUGCCAGGUUCAUUGACACCCCCGACGGCCCGUGUUCGAUCGGCGUUGGAUUACCAUUUAAAUCGCCCGUACUUCCAGUCCCGGUCGAGAUCUGCCGGUUGGGUCUGGACAAAGUACGGUUCGGUAAAGACCUCAGCACUUGCAGUCUCGACCUCGGCAACCUUGACUGCACGGGCUAUGGCGAAAGCCUUGUCGUACACUCGGUCCGGACCGUUGAAGCCGUUGCUCAUUUACAGAGCGGUGGCAAGGGCGGUGGUUUCGUCGCUGAUCGUUCAAAUGCAGUACGCCAAGCCCGCAACAGCGGACAGCUACAGCAACAGCGGCCAUCGGCGGUUAAGGCCAACAGCCAAGCCUUCUCACCCGCGUCUUCAACCCAGGCGCCGUAUCCCCCGCUGCUCUGUGGUGCCUACCCUCGCGUGAACCCUGACGAAUUGCUUUGGGGCGAGGAGCUGCCUCUAUCAGGGCAGGAGCUGGAUUGCCGAGCUGCGCCCGAGGACACGUCAGCUCCCAUUUCCGUAAGCGGAUGGCCCCAGAUGGAGUUUAUCGAGAUGGUGGAUUUGGGGUUUGAGGACAUCGGUGCUGGGAAUGCACUGUACGGCAGUAGUAAUGCAACAACAACAGCAGAAGUAGCAGCGCCGACAAGAGGCAGCAGUACGACAGCUACAGCACCAUUGUACGGCGAGAACGCAGCAACUGCAACUGCUGUUACGGCCAUGGCUAUUGCCACCGCUGUGGCGCCACCUCCCAUGCAUGGCACGUCCAUGCCAAGCCCUGAAGGGUCAACUUCUUCUGGCUCCUUAACGAGGUCGUCAAUGCUCCUGCUGCCGGCGUCUUCUUUGGGUCCUCGUGCCUCCCAUUCUUUCUCCUCCCCUUUCUCCACAACAGCCGCCACUGUCACGGCUACAGCUACGUCUGCCCCCAUAGCGCGCACGCUGAGGGAUGUCGUACUAGCCGCAGAAGGGGACCCUGCGUGCAUCGCCUUGGGUGGAAAGACGGGAGGCCAGCGAGAUCCCCACAUGCAGCAGCGGGGGCACAGAAGGAGAUCGCAGCUCCAACAGCUAAGGCAGCAUCGUCGUCUCUCGCCCGGUGUGUACGGGUUAGAUCCGCAGGCAUGCCUACCUUCAGCAUCAUCAUCGCCAGCCUGGGAUCCAAGUUAUGGGGAUACACGUGGCAAUAACGCUGCCGUUGGUACUGUUACGGCCUCAACGGUAAUACCGGUGGCCAACAGUGAGACGGUCAGUGGCCGAGGAAUGCAGGUUGUGCCAAAUCGCCGCAGCAUGAUCGGGAGCAGCACUGGCGAUGUCAGUAGCGGCAACAGUGACCUUGUUGCCACCGCCGCCGCCUCUGGCGGCGGUAGUGGCGGUGUCAGCGCUUACAUCAGCGUUUGCAGUAGCGGCAGCAGCAGCAGCAAGACUAAAGCGGCUACGGCUGUUAGUACGGCAAUGCGGUCCCUUAGCAGUAAUGGUGGCGGUGGCAACGGCAGCCGACGCCAAGCGCGCUUGACACUGGCGCUUGCAGCGUGCUUUGGCCGGCGUGCACCUGCUGCCCCGAUACCACAGCAGGAGCCAGUUAGAAACAGUACGGCGGAAGCAGUAGCAGCGGCGGCGACUGAAGAGGCAGCGGGCGCCUCCUUGCCUUCCCGGGCGAGUAACAGUUUCACCGCCGUAAUGGCCAAGGCAGUUCGCCUGGUGUCAUUUCGCAGGCUUUCUCUGCCGCCGGGGACCGCACCCGGCGUAGACGCUGGCGGCAGCGGAACCAGCAGCUGCAGAAGGAAGAGCGGUGACAUGUACAGCGCGGCCAACAAGACGACGAAGGGAAGCAGCGGUAACAGCAGCAGCAGCGGCGUCGACGGGGAGAAGGCUGUGGGCAGUGAAACUGAGUCGCAAGCCGGGCGGCAGCAGCGGGGUCUGGGUAUGCCAAGGCUGAGGCCCACCGCUGCGGCUGUGUCCCUGGCUGUAGCUGGAGUGAGAGUCACGGAGGGAUCCGGCUUGGAUGGUGGGGCGGUAGCGCUGGUGACCAAGCGUCCGUUCUCGCCGCCUCCCUCGGAAGCUGCCGCUCGCGUGCUGAGUUUGCCUCCGCCGGGGAGUGGGGGCUUGGGCUGCUCCGCACUCUCUGAGCCGGGCAUGUCUGCCGUGGGGGAGGUCGUGGGAGCGGCUUGGGCUGGCAUUGCGGCGCGGCAGCAGCUAGGAUUGUAAACUGGAAGGGGGAUGCAUCUGCUGAGAUUGUGAACUGGCAUGGAUUGGAAAGGUUUAAUGUUGGAGUCCGUAUGUCGCACAGUUGCAACAGCGAAUGUGGACGGCAGUCCUGGUAUGCAUGUGCGUGUUCAAAGAAGUUGCAAUGGCACGGUUUCGGAGUGGUGGCUUAAUUGUAUUACUAAUGAUGUCCUUUGUGUAGAUGAGAAAGUAUAAAGUACUGCGAAGACGGCUGUUGGUGGUUCAACGGUCCACACCGUUUCACGCAACAUGGCGUCGCAUAGGCAUCGCGACUGACAGCAUAUGCGCAUGAGUGAUGAAAGCAAGGCUCACGAUGCGAGAGACGGUUAGAGUUGUGGGUCGUAAACGACCAAGGUUUUUUCAGUGAUGGCAGAGACAGCGUUGUUGCUUUGCAUUUUCGUCGGUCUUGAAGCUCCAUGUAAGUGUAUGGCGUUUGAUGUGGUAGCUGGUUCCAUAGGUACGUUGAACAACGGCGUUCUGCAAUGGGCACGGCUUUAGCAACUGUAUGACUAAUGUGCUGUGUAUUGCACGUAUGCUUAGCCGCAGGUUUUUCCUUCCUAAAUGUUUGCUCUUAAAAUGCUGAGACAUGCUACAUCCCAUGUUAACUUGCUUAAGUACGCUACAACCAGACCGAAGCGAUCUCAUGGCCUGCCCAAGUGCAUGUGUGGCAUGGAGGGCUGACGGUGUGUUGUGGUGAGGGAGGAAGUGACGUGGCUGUUCACGAGGGCGGCGCGUGGGUGUCACGUUUGGGAGCGUCAGCUGGCAGCGUAGGGACAUACAAUGGGGUUUUUACAUGGCGAGCGGAAGGCCCAAAUUGUGCCAAUGGGCACUGCGGCCCUUGGGGGCAAGUUGUCUUGUAAGAAUGGCAAGGG